CGGUCCAAGUUGCAAGCAGAGUGACGGGAGCGCUGGAGAUGCGUUCAGUCUCCUCCUCCGCCUUGUCACCGCCGAGGCGCGCAUCUCCUCGCUGACGAGCUCGCGCUCCUCCAGACGCGCACACGCCCUUCCAGCCGCCGCCGCCGCCUCGGGCGCCGCCACGACGCGUCGCUCAUCCCGUCCCGGGGAGCACAAGAUGCAGGAGGCGGGCGCCUCUCAGCCGGGUCCCCAGCGGGACUUGAGCGUCCUGGAUCGUCUGCUGCUGACACACCCGGUUUGGCUUCAGCUGUCACUCAAGCAAGACUCCGCCCUCUACAUUCUGCUGAGAGAGCCUGUCGGGACAUUCUUGGUGCGCAAGUGCAGCUUGAGUCAGAGGAAGGUUCUCUGUGUGAGGGUCACGGCAGACAGGACUUGGUCCUCCGUGAAGGAGUGCUUCAUCUGUGAGGAAGACUACACGUUCGCCUUGGAGAGCUCGGCGCUCAGCUUCCCGGACUUGUGUCGCCUGGUGGCCUUCUACUGCGUCAGCAGGGACGUCUUGCCUUUCCCUCUUCAGUUGCCGGACGCCAUCGCCAAGGCCACGACGCACCGGCAACUGGAGUCCAUCUCGCACAUGGGCCAAGACUUCUGGAACUCGCCGAGCGCGUCGGAACUUCAAAAUGGACCUCUGGCGGCGGCGGGCGGCGGCUUGAUCCAGGCGGCGGCGGCCUCGGAGCGAUGGCGGGUUCAGGGCCGCAGCGGUCAAAGCAAACUAUGCUUCAUAAAUCCUCUCUUCCUGCAGCUGGAAGUCUUGAAGCAUUCAGAACUCCAGAACCACAGUGCCUCGAACAAGCGACACCGUUUCAAGCGCAGCGUGCGACUGCGCCUCUCCGAGUCCUCCAUGAAUCUGUCCCUGGAGGGGGUGGGCUCCUACUCCCCGCCUCCGUCCAUGGAGAUGGCCGCUGGGUCAGAGAGGUUGCGCAACUCUCAUCCCCAGAGGAGAGUUCACUCCGGAGCAGGGGUCCUGAGGAGGACGCCCGCCGUGUCACCGGGGUCCGCGGGGUCCGAGGAAGAGGGCGCAACGGCUGUGCGAGCGCCUCAAGUGGACCAGCCUCCCGAUGUCCAGCAGUCGCCGGCGCCGGCGGCGGAGGGGCCCGCCAUCGAAGUGGCUCUGCUGGCCCCGGAGCGCCGGGCGGCGCCGUCUCUGGCCGAGCUGGACAGCAACAGCUCCUUCAGCAGUCUGGACGAGGAAGACGAUUGGGAUUCCGAUUCCGAGAGCGGGUUCCAGACCCAGAGCCCCCGGCGGCCGCCGCUGGUGCGCUCGCGAGGCCGCGGCGGUCUGCGCCGCAUGAGCGAGGCCUUUGUGUGCUUCUUCGCCCCGGACAAGCGUCUGACCCGACUGGUGCGGGAGCUGUCCCGGGACCGGCGCUCGAUUUUCGGCGGGAUGGUGCAGGACUUCCUCCUGGCUCACACGGGCUUGCUGAAAUCGCUAUCGGCCGGCUCGCUCUCCUCGGCGCCGCGUGUGACGUCCGUGCAGCUGCUGCAGGGCGUGCGCCUGUUUCUAUCGCAGGCCAAGUGUUGCUUAGUGGAAAGCGGCGAGCUGGAACCUCCCAUCGAAACUUUGGUGCCGGAAAACGAGAAAGAUCUUGCCCUGGAGCGUGCCAUGUUCUCCUGCGUGCUGCGCCCCCUCAAGUCUCACCUGGAUGGCGCCCUGGCGGCGCUACACCGGCAGGACGCGUCCAGCCAGCGCUUCAGCCGCAACCUGGCGCGUCUAAAAGACGAGGACGGCGCCGCCCAACGCUUGGGCGUGCGCACGGGCCUGCCCGACGGGCGGCUGGUGGACAAAGUGAAGCAGAAGUUGGCGCUGAUGCGGCGCACGCAUUCGCCCGUCGACAAGGUUCUGCUGCUGUUGCAGGUCUGCAAGUGCGUGCAGAAGGGCCUGGACGCCCCGCACGGACAGGAAGUGAGCUGGGAGGAUUUCCUGCCGUCGUUGUCCUACGCCAUCGUGGAGUCCAACAAGCCUCACAUCUUGAUGGAGGUGGAGUACAUGAUGGAGCUCCUGGAGCCAUCUUGGCUCGGCGGUGAAGGCGGCUCCUACUUGACCAGCGUCUUCGCCAGCCUGCAUCUGAUCCAGAGCCUGGACCCGGAGCGGACCAUCUCAGGCUGCCUUACGUCCGAGGCCCGGCAGGCGCUGAAGCAGUGGCGCUGUCGGCGAAGCCUCGAGGCUCAGAAGCAGAAGGAGAACCAGCAGCGUCAGAGGUGCGUUCGGAUACUGUUCCAGGACGGGGAGCGGAGCGCCGUGCGGACCUUGCAGUGGCGAGUGGGCGAAAGUAGCCAGGCGCUGGCGCAGUUGUGCGCCGCCACCUUCGGCGUGACUGACCCGCAGCAGUACGCGCUGUACUGGCGCAGCGGCGGCGAGAUGCGACCCCUGCCCCCCCAGGCGCAGCCUCAGGACCUGGCGGGCCACAGCGAGGGAGGCCCCUCCCUCUCCUACCUGAGGACCGACCACGACUUCAGCAAGAUGCGGCGACUCACCAGAGGCGGCGCUGUGGACUUGAGUGAGUCGGUGUGCGAGGAGUGAGCGGAGUGCAUGCGAGCGGAGGAGGAGGAGGGCGGGAGGAAGGAAGGAAGGAAGGAAGGAAGGAAGGAAGGAAGGUAGGAAGGAAGGAAGGAAGGAAGGAAGGAAGGAAGGAAGGAAGGAAGACACUGACGCCGUCGGGUCGCGCGUGGAACAGAGCGGGAGCGCCUCUGGCUGCGCCUCUGGCCGCGCCUGCUGUGGAGGAGGCUUCCGUUUGCAUGAUGGAAGGGAUGAUGACGUCACAAACGCGCUCAAAGACCUCGAUGCCAAAGUUUCCUGCUGUUGACUUUUAAGAAGGAGACUUUCAAAGUACGAAAAGCUGUUGGUGCAUUUCUGCCAGAUCCUUGAAAGCCGGGUUGCGAGGACGCGGGUCCACAGCGCCCCCUUCUGGCGUCUGCCGGGACGAGAGGCCAAAAUACGUUCUCUUCUAUCCUUCAAUCGAUUCUAAAUUCUCCUUGUUGAGCAAGCCGAUCAGCUCCGGACCUUCUUUAUUGCUUUGCUUUCUCCAACGUCAAUUGUGGCCAACACGUGCUGGCCACCAACCAGCAUGACGUCAGCAGGCCGGCCGAACUCUUAUUGGAAGCUGUUGGCGGCCAUUGCGAGCGGAGCAAACUGCCACUGACCGUUGUAUUUCAAACUAGCUUUGAAUGUUCCGCUUGCAAGACUAUUCGGAAGUGAUGACCAUGAUGUGCUUUGGGCAUAAGUGCAUGCGUUCUGAAAACAUCCAGAUUUGAUUUGUAGGCUCUGCAAAAGUGGCGUGUGCAUGUGUUUGCUGUGUGAGCUCACUAUUCCUUUUCCUUGUAUAUGUGCCAGGUCAUUUGCAAUAAUUAAAAGAAUUA